AUGGCGCAACUGGAGACUCUGGCUUUGCCGCAUCUGCCGUCAUCGCUGCCCGUGCAUGUGGCCCUCUAUCGCGAUGUUCAGAAUUCCGCUUUCCUAAAGCAGCAGCUCCUGGGGGGCAACGCAGAAUUCGAGUAUGCCUUGGUCGAUGCGAGCAUGGUUCUGACACGGGCACAUGCGAUCGCAGCCAUAUUUCGAGCCGUCAAUGACUACAUGAAUGGGCGACUCAUGUCCCGCAAUGUGCAUUCGGAGAUUGUCUUCUCCUUGAGCCCGGCAAAUAAUAUUGCCGACUCGUUCCGCAAAUUUGGAAUCGCAGAUACAACCAAAGAUCUGCUCGUGGUCAAAGUCUCCGUGUCGCCCGAGAUCACGCAUGAGUCCGUUGCCGCUCAUUUGGCUACGGCUAUUCAAGGAACCUCUGUGCCAUUUGACGAUGAGACUCUGUCCGAGGUGUCCGAUAUCACCAAGAUCAAGAAGGCAUAUAAAUUGGGAGCGCUACCAUCCCCGUCUUCUAAGACAGAGUGCAACGGCACGCCCGAUCAUGACGCGAAGCGGCGACUGGAGCUCUCGCUCUUAGGGGCAAUUGCAUUGCGGGGCUCGUGA